AUGCGACUCCGCGCACGACUUUUCUCGAUCUUGUCCAAGUUAGCGCCUCUGCUGCUGGCAGCACCAGCGUUGAAAGGGAACUGCUGUAGACAAGAAGCAUAUAGAGCUGUGAAUAAUGUUCGACUGUUUGCUGAAGAUUACAACGCUGCGUGGUCGGUCUAUUGGUCACUCUUGCGUCAAAUAAACGCUUUAGUGUCAAUUCCAUCGAACUCCGCGUCAAGGAUAACGUGUUGUAAAAAGAAGAGAAAGUCGCGGUUGUGGAAGGAAGCUAUGUAA